AGAAAAUACAAAAGAUGAAAAAUGAAAAGUACAUGUUAGAAAUAGUCCAAGGACCAUUUUGCAAUAUGAUAUCUUCUUAAUCAUAAACCUUAGAGAGAGAGAGAGAGAGAGAGAGAGGACGAAGGAAUUGAUGGAGGGUCCAUGAAAUUGCACCUGUAAAUCACUUGAAAAUUCAACAUCAUUCUCAAUAGUAUACAUACAUGCAUGUAUGUAUGUAUGUAUGUAUAGCUAUCUUAUUCUUAGUCAAAGAAUGUAUAUAGCUCAUAGCUCAAAACAAAUAAACAAGUAAUCCCCUUUCAUGAUAUAAUCAUUGUCACUUUCCGAGAUCCUUUUCGAUAGCAUCGAUUACAUUUUUUGCAAUGGUUCGUUAACAUAAGGUGUCAAAUUUCAAUGUCUUACAGUCUCUAUAGUCUUCUGGAGUUCUCUUUUUUUAAAAUUCGUUUCUCUGUAGACAUCACAACUUCGUCUUCAAUUUAGGUUUUUCAUAUGUGAUGAACUUGGGGGGUUUCAGUUCCUUCGUGUAUGAUUUUACUUUACAGUGUCGGAGCGUGUUCAUCUGUACAUGUGGUAUAUAUAGUAAAUUGAGAGAAAUUGAAAGUAUCCCGAGUGUCUCCCUUCCAUAAUUUGAUUUUUCCUGUUCAUAAUUGCAAUAGCGUUUGAUUUUCGGUUGAAGAAGAUAGAUACAUGUAUAUGUAAGUAGAAUUAUUAGGGGAAAAAAGUGUGUCAGCGUUUUUCUCUUCGAUUCAAUCGAUCAGGAGUUCGAUUGUGUUGAAGAACACACAAAAACACACAUUUAGGUCUCGGAAUUGUUCCAGAUGGCUGUGGGCGCACAAAGAAUAAAUCAGAUAAGGUAUCCUGUUGUUGACACCUCCGAUUUGAUGGGAAGUAGGCAUGAAAUCCUUGCAGAAACACCUCCUACUCCUAGAGAAGUUGAAGAUAAAAUUUAUGUGGCAGUGGGGAAAGAUUUGAAAGAGAGUCAGUCAACUCUGCUAUGGGCACUACGCAACUCAGGAGGCAGACAGAUAUGCAUCCUUCAUGUUCAUCAACCUGCAGACAAGAUCCCUAUUAUGGGCACAAAGUUUCGAAUAAACCAACUGGAAGCACAUCAAGUCUCAUCAUACCAUGAGAAAGAGAAGCAAAAUAUGCAUCAACUUCUUGAUGAAUAUAAUCAAAUAUGUCGGAAUGCAGGGGUGACUGCAGAGUUGUAUGAUGUUGAUAACGAUUCUAUUGAGAAAGGUAUUGUUGAAUUCAUAAUCGAUCACAAUGUCAGAAGGCUUGUCAUGGGGGCAGCUGCAGACAAGCAUUUUUCAAGGAAAAUGGUUGACUUAAAGUCCAAGAAAGCCAUCUAUGUACGUUUACAAGCAGCUGCUUCAUGUCAGAUUCAGUUCAUAUGCAAAGGAAACAUCAUUUUCACUAGACAAGGAAGAGUAGAUGGAGUUAAUGUUUCACUUUCAUCUCUAUCACUGCAACCAAACACAACCUCUAAUUCCGGACCGAGUUCCUUGAGGGUAAGUGUAGGAAGAACAUCCGAUGAAUGGAGUGGGAUUUCACAGAGAAGUCGAAGUCCUUCAACAGGGUCUCGAUUGUCUACAUGUUCUAGUGAAGUGGUGGAGCCUUAUGCAAUAAUUGAAAGUGGUGAAAUUGAAUUGGAGUAUGGAUUUAAAGAGGAUAUUGAUAUUCGUCAUACUUCACCUCCAAGUGUUUUGCAGGAAAGAGGUGUGAAUGAUGAGCUUUAUGAUCAACUUGUACAAGCAAUGGCCGAAGCAGAUAAUUCAAAACGAGAUGCAUUUGAAGAGUCUUUAAGGCGUAGGAAAGCAGAAAAAGCUGCCAUGGAGGCUAAACGAAGGGUCAAAGCAUCGGAAGCCUUAUACACAAACGAACAAAAACUGCGACAUGAAAUCAACGAAUCACUUGAAAAAACCAAAGAAGAACACGAAAGCAUCAAAAAGGAACUAAAUGAAGUGUCACAAGAACUCCAAAUUGCACUCCAACAAAAAUCACAUCUCGAAACUCAAAUCGUAGACGUUGACCAAACGGUCAACGAACUUGAGCAAAAAAUGUUCUCAGCUGUUGACCUUUUGAAAAACUACAAAAAGGAACGCGAUGAAUUACAAGUGGAAUGUGAUGAUGCAAUUAGGCUUUUAGAGGACAUGAAAGAGAAGGAAAGACGAGAUGAAGGGUCCAGUUCAAAUGCGAUGGCUCAGUUUUAUACCGAGUUUUCUUUCCAAGAAAUUAAAGAUGCCACGUGUAAUUUUGAUCAGUCUUUGAAGAUUGGUGAAGGAGGGUAUGGAAGUAUUUUUAGGGGGUCACUUAGGCAUACUCAAGUGGCUAUUAAAAUGUUGCAUUCUCAUAGCUUGCAAGGACCUUCAGAAUUUCAACAAGAGGUUAGCGUCUUGAGCAAACUGAGGCACCCAAAUCUGGUAACCCUAAUCGGAGCAUGUCCAGACGCUUGGAUAAUCAUCUACGAGUAUCUCUCAGGAGGAAGCUUAGAAGAUCGACUCACUUGCAAAAACAACACUCCGCCAUUAUCAUGGCAGACACGAAUCCGAAUCGCCGCCGAGUUAUGCUCCGUUCUCAUCUUCCUCCAUUCAUGCGGCGUCAUUCACGGCGAUCUAAAACCAGCUAAUCUCCUCCUCGAUCAAAACCUCGUCACCAAAUUAAGCGAUUUCGGAAUCUGUCGCGUCCUUUCAGAAAACGAAUUAACAUCCAACAAUACAUCGCUAUGUUGCAGAACAGAUCCGAAGGGGACUUUUGUGUAUAUGGAUCCGGAGUUUCUUUCAACCGGAGAGUUGACUUCGAAAUCAGAUACAUAUUCUUUUGGUGUUAUACUUUUGAGGUUGUUGACGGGGAAACCGGCUUUGGGGUUGAGGAAGGAAGUGCAGUAUGCGAUGAAUAAAGAGAAUUUGAAGAGUGUUUUGGAUCCGACAGCUGGCGAUUGGCCAUUUGUGCAAGCUCAACAGUUGGCUUUGUUAGCGAUGAAUUGUUGUGAUAGUGUUCGUGAGAAUAGACCGGAUCUUGCGUCUGAGGCAUGGAGGGUGCUUGAACCAAUGAGGGUGUCAUGUGGAUUGUCUUCCUUUAGAUUUGGUUCGGAUGGACAAUGUCAGAUUCCACAUUACUUCAUCUGUCCAAUCUUUCAGGAAAUCAUGCAAGAUCCGGUGGUUGCUGCGGAUGGAUUUACUUACGAAGCAGAAGCUUUAAAAGGAUGGUUAGACAGCGGGCAUAACACCUCACCCAUGACCAACCUUGACCUGGUCAACUCCAACCUUGUACCUAAUCACGCCCUGAGGUCUGCCAUUCAGGAAUGGCUCCAACAACCAUGAAGGAGAAUGACCCCUUAAAUGCGAUAUAUAUAAAAUACAUAUAUGUAUAUAUGGAAAUGGUAAAAAUUUAUUGAUUCUAUCCAUUGUGUUACCUUGAUUGUGUUAAACACCGUUGGUUUAUAUUUGCAGUGUUGUAGUUCUCGGAUAUAGUAAAACUUUAUUAGAGAAUGCAUAUAUUUUGUUUCCACGUUUUUUUCUUGAAAUC